AUGGAAGGGAAACAGCUCAGACAAGCUCCCCCGGUAACACUCACAAUUUACAGGCAACCUAUAAACCCCAAACUUUCCGGAGCGCUCUGCUCAAUCCAUAUGUCAUGACUGAUUUGCUACCCAUCCUUAACUCAGGCGAAACCUGGAGUCUCUCAGUUAUGGGAAUCGGAGCUUGCAAAGCUUUAUGGCCUUGGCUAACCUCCGGGGCGGCUAUGAACUUCACUAGAGCAUACACACCGUACCGCCAGCGACUAUGUGGUGAGUUGUGUAGAUGAGGGGCCAGGGGAAUACGAUGGGGGGGGGGCUCUUGUGGGCUCUUGUGUCUCAGAGUUAUAGUCCGAGGGAGUUACAUUGGCAUUCCGGAGAGGAAAAAUGGAUUUCAAUGAUCUCCUCCUAUGGAUGGCAGAGGUUUGUGCAGUGGUGGCUGUUGUGGCCUUCUCUUAAGGUAAUAAAAAGAAAAACAGACACCGUCCUCACAGGAGACCCUUCCGAAACACCUUGUGCCAGAAUGGUAACAGAAAAGAAGUCAAGCAUGCCCCAUAAACUUAAAGGAUACCGCCAUCACACUGGCUGGCGAAGCGACUAAUGGGAUUUCCCUGCUCUGCUCUGACUUCUUGGUAUUGGCCAAAAGUUACAAGCCAAUUUACACAGAGUUUGUCCUAUUUGAAACAGCCAUAGAGGGGACCCAUGCCUUAUUGUAAAAGUGACUGAUCAGUCACUAAGACCUGCCAAUGAGUAUACAGUAAGAACAGCAGUGUUUCCCCAGCUCUCUCGUGUUACUCAGCUUCCCUCAGUUGUUAUGCAACCAUUCAGCAAAUUAACAUCCCAUCAUCAUGAAGCCCUUUGAAAAGCCAUAACAAGACUAAAACAGGAGAGAACCUAACCUGAGGCUUUAAUUAAAGAUACUAAACGCUGGAAGCGCCAGGACUUCCCACGGUACCGUGCUUAUUUACCCAAGGGAACACCAGGAUCGUUUAUUGUGAAAGAAGCUCUCGGAGUGUGUUUGAAACAGGUGCCAAUUCUAGAGCAGUAAAUCGCUCUCAGGUAUCAACCAUCUUCCUGUACUUUUUUUUCUCAAAAAUGCAUUUGACACAGUAAGGCUGUGUGGGCUCUUCAAACGACCUCCAUUACACAUGCUCACCUCCCCCUCAGUUCAGAACCAAGGCUAACACCCCUUCUGAACCCUCAUUAGUAUUCUCUGCAGUGCAUUCGUAGCUGACCAUUACACCCCAUGCCCCGGGGCUAAACAUGGAGACUUGCGGUGCAUCUGAGGAGGCCAAAGAUGUUGAGCCGAGCCCCUGGAGACCCGCUGCCCUGAACCUGACUCCCUCUGCCCCUCGGUCCAAACUAAAGCCAAUCUACGAUAAUGUGACUGACUAGGGAAGGCAAAAUUCCAGGAACUUUCAAUAAAUUCCCUUGUUUUCCAGAAGUCCUGGUUGGAGGUUUCUGGAUUUCCUGCUUAUUCUUUCCUGAUUCCGGGAAUCCUCCAACCAGGAUUUCGGGAAAACCAGGGAAUUUAUUGAAAGUUCCAAGAAUUUUGCAACGCUAACAGUGACCUCUUGGGUCAGUGUGUCACGCACUACUGUCAAUGGUAGAUGUAUGGAGUGGGUUGAAUCAUGGUCUGUUGGCCUUUUAUGGAGAAGCAAAUGUAUGUUGCAGUAUGUAUAUUUGAAAUAUGUAACAUCCAGGGGGACUUUACUGUCAGUAUACAUCAGUAAUGAUAUAUAUGAGCCUAAGGCUUACUGUGAUACAUGCUUAAAUCAUAGCCAGGAAGUCUCAUUACAGGCCCAGUGCAAUCAAAAACGUUUAUAUAUAUAUAUAUAUUUCCACACUUUGAGGUUGGAAUAAUACUGAAAUUGUGAAAAUGAUAAUGCCCUUUUAGUGUAAGAGCAGUUUGAAAAGACCACCUGAAAUUUCAACCUGUUUUGGUGGGAUGGAGUUGUGGCCCUCCUGGUGGACAUCACCAGUAAAUACAGUAAAGUACACACACUAAGGGGUAAAAAAAUUAUGUUUUUGAGCAAUAUAGUGUUUUUUUAGACAGAACUGCAAACUUUAAGGAGUAGGGCAUUCAAGGAGUUGGUCUAAUGGAAAUCUGUGAUGUCAUUGGCCUCCCUCUUGCUUGAGGAACAAUAGAGUAGCAAUAGAGAACAAAAUAAGAAAGGCCCGCCCCCUCCACUUGUGCUAUGUAAUGACUUACCUGGGCUACCUAUUGAGAUGGGCCUCUUGUUAAGUAAAUCAGGUGAUAAAUGAGGUGAAAAGGAGACCAAUAAGAAGGAGAUUUCCAAACCUCUCUACCAAUAAGAGCUAGUUUUCUGUUUUCUCCUCCCCACUCAGACCACUCCCAGACAGUCCUAGCAAAAUUCUUGCUUGGGAAGUUGCUCUUUGCUAAGAAGCUAUUUUUGUUUAUUUUUGAUCAUUUUAAUUGAAAACAAUCACAGUAAGGUACUUAAUUUCUACCCAGAAAUGAUUUGAUAUAAAGAUAACAAUGGCUGCAUUGGACAUUUAAGAUCAAAUCUAGCCGUGUAAAUGAUUAUGCUCAUAUCUAAUGAUGCUAAACAAGCCGUUUGAAAAUAAUAAUAGCCAUUACAACUCAUUCUCUGCCCCCCUAAGAUGAAGUUCUCUCAAAGGAAGAGUAUUUAAGUGUGGUACAAAGCCCUUGAAGAUAGUGUGUAGACUACAGUAUGCAGUGUCUGCCUGGCUCUCGUUUCAACCUCACCCACUUCCUAAUUACCUCCAAUCCAUUCUCUUUCUUUUCACUUCUUCUUUCUUGCUGUAUUCUUUCAUUCCCCUCUACCCAUUCUCUCUCCCAACUGCUGUUCUCUUUGGCUAUGGAAUUUAUUGGCUGAGGGGAGUGAGCUCAAGCAUCCUCUCCCUGUCCUGGACAAGUCUGUCUGUCUGUCUGUGGCUCUCAGUUUGUACUGGACGGGUCAUUUCAUUAUAAAGCAUUACUCUUCAAUGAAGCCAUUAUACCCUCAUCAUCCUGAGCCAAAAUGAGAACCCAGAUGAAAUGAGAAAAGAGAUGAGUGAAAGAGACUGAGGAGCAGCGGAGAGUGAUAAAUGGAGUGAGAAAAUAAGAAAAAAAGUAGAGAAUCACUGGUGCUUUCGACAAGAUUCUCACAAAGGCGACACAGAGAAUGAGACAUCAUCUUUUCUUCAUACUGGUGACAUGACAUUUCAUCCCAGCAGGCUGGCCUCCAUCCCUUAUCCCUGACAGGACUAUUCUUUAUUUUGGGUGGCAUUAGCGCUGUGACACGCUGUGCAAGUGGAGCUGUGCUAGGGAAGCAGAUGCUGACUGGCUGCUUUGCACUGGGGUCAGUCCUGUCAUUAGGAUGAAGCCAUGUUGGUUGACAGCCUCUGGGGAAGCUACUGUGGUCAGAAGGCAAACUUGGAGAGAAGCCUGAGAAAGCACACACAGACAUGGCCACUGCUACUGCUACUGGCAGUAGUGGUACUGGUGUCAACACUAGACCUAACACUCACCGAUUCACCUCACACCUGGCUGUUCCAGCCUCUACAACCAGUCACCAUCUUCCCUCUAGCCUCUCCUCUCUGACCUUUCCAACCACACCUGUAAUUUCCUUUCUAGCCAUUAACCCCUUCUCUCCAUCCCUCUCUUUCUGUCCCUAUUAAACUAUUCUCUCUCGUUAUCGCCCUUCCUGAAACCCUCUACUCGACCUAUCUGCUCGCCAAUCUACUCGGUCACCCUUGCCGUUUGCUCCGUCCAACACUACUCGUUUCUCUCUGUCCCUCUCUCUUUCCCUCUCAUUUUCCCUCCCAUUUGUUUUUCUACCUCUCUCCUUUCCCUUUCCUAUCUCUCUUUCUCUACUUCCCUCUCCCUGUUUCUUUUCUUCUCCCUCUCCCUCAUUCCCUCGCUCUCUCUCCCACUCUCCCCUGCCAGUCCUUGGCUAACGUCUCUCCUCCCAGUCAUACCUGUAGGCAGCAGGUUGUCCCCCUGUCUCUUUAAUCCUCUCCCGUCAGGCGAGCGCACCUCUAGAUGGAUCAGUGGCUGAUUUGUGGCCUCCCAGUGUGUUCCGUCUGUCUCUGCCUGUCCUCCUGUCCUCCUGUCUUCCCGCCACGUACCCCACAGAGACCUGCAUCAUUAACAUGGCUUUCAGCUUUCACACAUUUGCUGCUGACUAACAGGCAACUCCUCAUCACACCCACACCUACUGCCCGUGUUCUACCACUGGACAGUGCAUGGGGAAUGAAGGCUGAUCGUUUUAAGCAUAUAACUUCAAAUACGUUUAAUCGGGAGUGUGUGUGUGUGUGUAUGUGUGUGUGUGGCAGAGAAUGUUUUCAUCUCAACAUCUACACUCAGGGACUUAAUGAAUCUCUGCUGUCAAAUAGGGGUCAUUAGAGAAAUGUGCUGAGAGUUGGUAAUGAUUAAUUAUUUGCUCAUUAUAAAUGGUGGGCGGCAGUUUAUAGAAUGGGGGGCAGUGUGGCUCAAAAGAAAGAUGACUUGAGCGUUUCACCUUCAAUGUGCCCCUCAACCAUUACUUUGCCACCCUACUCUAUAAUUAAGAUAUAUUCAUUUAAAGUUUUGGAGUGUUUUGUUCCAGAAGCUCUGUGCCCUGUAAAAAUGUUUUAAGGUAUGACACUGCUGAGCUGAGAGAGAGAAAUCUAGAAGGAUGGAAAUGAGAGGGCUACUUACACAGUGUUGGAAAGGGAUCACAGCAGUGAUUGAAGGAGGGUAUGAGGCAUGAGUUGUUCAGAGAUUUGACUUCAGUGCCGGACAGGGGUUGAGGUGUUCAUAGGCUUCAGUGCAGGACAGGCUCAUCAUGGAUGAAUGGUGUUGGAGAAGAGCUCAACUCUUCCACUGAAGGCAGGACAGGAUUUGACUGGGAAGACAAAAAACAAUAACACAAUACACUACACAGUUAGACAAAAGAGCUAAGAAUGAGUUAGUCCAAGCAAGGAGUAAAAUCAUUGAUGUGUAAUAAUGUGAUUGUGCUUGUGUAUGUGAUUGACUCUACAUACAGUAAUGAGAUAAAAUUAAUAGGGGUACUCACAGUGCUUGGAGGGGAAACAUUUAAUGUACCAGUGGAAGAGCGGGCACAUGAGACGUGGCUUCAGUUCAUGUCAGGUUGACAUGAAUAGUGGAGUGGAAUGGUCAUCACCUCUUAAAUCAGGGAACAGGGGGGGACUUAGCUGGAAAUACAAAUAGCAGAUACAUUCCAUUACAGCAGUGCCAUCAUUGGUUUGGGCAACAAGUUUCUCCAUAUUGUUAAACUCAGACAUUUCAGAAUUCACAAAGUCAAACACAGACUGCGCAUCUCGCCCACUUGACAUAUCAAAGUAGCUCAAGAAACUUUUCUCCCUGGGGCCUGGAGUUCUUCCUUUUCCGGUAACCUAACCAGGAAAACUCUGGACCCUAUAGGGUAUGACAAUGAUUCAUCAGUUGUAAAAAGGUUUUAUAUGGGCAUGAUGGGACCAGUUUUUCUAUAUGGUCAUAUGGUUUUAAAAAACUCUUGAAAAAAACUCCUGGCCCUGGGGGGGAUGAAAACCCUGUCAAACUGCAUCAACCUUAUACUUGUUCAUAGAAUUUGUGAUGAGUGUGAUAGAAGAAGUCAGGCACAGGAGGGUAAUCACCGAAUGCAGAGUUUAUUCCGUCGUACACACAUAGCGCUGGAUAGCGACAAACGAAACAGGCACAGGGGAAAUAUCUACCCCGGUAAUAACAAGGUACGAGUAGCUUCACUGCGCUACACUACUCUCACAAAGAAACAAUCACCCACAAGGACAAGGGGGGCAGAGGGAACACUUAUACACAGACUAAUGAGGGGAUAAGAACCAGGUGUGUGUGAUUGACAAGACAAGACAAAUGGAAUGAUGAAUAAUAGAGCGGCAGUGGCUAGUAAGCCGGUGACGACGAACGCCGAAGCCUGCCCGAACAAGGAAGGGAGGCAGCCUCUGCGGAAGUCGUGACAGAAUUAUAUUUAGACUAGACUAACAGGGGGGUUUCCUCUACCCAGACACAGAGACAACAACUGAUAGACAAUAUAACUCACAGGGCUGAGCUUGCUUUAUGCAGUUUGCAUCAUCUAAGCCUAUGCAACUGUAGGCCUCAUAAAAAAUGUACUCACAGUCUGUCAUCACUAUUAUGUUGAUUGAUUAAUUCCAGUUAAUUCUUUUGGAUUGAAAAGGUAUAGGCAGCCUAGCCAGCCCAAGUUAGAAUAUAAACCACAUUUGAUCACAUUCACAUUUUCUCCUGACAAACAAAUGGGCUAUACAGUGAGGGAAACAAGUAUUUGAUCCCCUGCUGAUUUUGUACGUUUGCCCACUGACAAAGACAUGAUCAGUCUAUAAUUUUAAUGGUAGGUUUAUUUGAACAGUGAGGGACAGAAUAACAACAACAAAAUCCAGAAAAAUGCAUGUCAAAAAUGUUAUAAAUUGAUUUGCAUUUUAAUGAGGGAAAUAAGUAUUUGACCCCUCUGCAAAACAUGACUUAGUACUUGGUGGCAAAACCCUUGUUGGCAAUCACAGAGGUCAGACGUUUCUUGUAGUUGGCCACCAGGUUUGCACACAUCUCAGGAGGGAUUUUGUCCCACUCCUCUUUGCAGAUCUUCUCCAAGUCAUCAAGGUUUCGAGGCUGACGUUUGGCAACUCGAACCUUCAGCUCCCUCCACAGAUUUUCUAUGGGAUUAAGGUCUGGAGACUGGCUAGGCCACUCCAGGACCUUAAUGUGCUUCUUCUUGAGCCACUCCUUUGUUGCCUUGGCCGUGUGUUUUGGGUCGUUGUCAUGCUGGAAUACCCAUCCAUGACCCAUUUUCAAUGCCCUGGCUGAGGGAAGGAGGUUCUCACCCAAGAUUUGACGGUACAUGGCCCCGUCCAUCGUCCCUUUGAUGCGGUGAAGUUGUCCUGUCCCCUUAGCAGAAAACACGCCCAAAGCAUAUUGUUUCCACCUCCAUGUUUGACGGUGGGGAUGGUGUUCUUGGGGUCAUAGGCAGCAUUCCUCUUCCUCCAAACACAGCGAGUUGAGUUGAUGCCAAAGAGCUCGAUUUUGGUCUCAUCUGACCACAACACUUUCACCCAGUUCUCCUCUGAAUCAUUCAGAUGUUCAUUGGCAAACUUCAGACGGGCCUGUAUAUGUGCUUUCUUGAGCAGGGGGACCUUGCGGGCGCUGCAGGAUUUCAGUCCUUCACGGCGUAGUGUGUUACCAAUUGUUUUCUUGGUGACUAUGGUCCCAGCUGCCUUGAGAUCAUUGACAAGAUCCUCCCGUGUAGUUCUGGGCUGAUUCCUCACCAUUCUCAUGAUCAUUGCAACUCCACGAGGUGAGAUCUUGCAUGGAGCCCCAGGCUGAGGGAGAUUGACAGUUAUUUUGUGUUUCUUCCAUUUGCGAAUAAUCGCACCAACUGUUGUCACCUUCUCACCAAACUGCUUGGCGAUGGUCUUGUAGCCCAUUCCAGCCUUGUGUAGGUCUACAAUCUUGUCCCUGACAUCCUUGGAGAGCUCUUUGGUCUUGGCCAUGGUGGAGAGUUUGGAAUCUGAUUGAUUGAUUGCUUCUGUGGACAGGUGUCUUUUAUACAGGUAACAAGCUGAGAUUAGGAGCACUCCCUUUAAGAGUGUGCUCCUAAUCUCAGCUUGUUACCUGUAUAAAAGACACCUGGGAGCCAGAAAUCUUUCUGAUUGAGAGGGGGUCAAAUACUUAUUUCCCUCAUUAAAAUGCAAAUCAAUUUAUAACAUUUUUGACAUGCAUUGUUCUGGAUUUUUUUGUUGUUAUUCUGUCUCUCACUGUUCAAAUAAACCUACCAUUAAAAUUAUAGACUGAUCAUUUCUUUGUCAGUGGGAAAACGUACAAAAUCAGCAGGGGAUCAAAUACUUUUUUCCCUCACUAUAAAUACAUAACAUUACCAAUUAGUUUACCCUGACCGGAUGGACAGGGCACAUAGGCUGUAUGCAGCUGCUCUUAUUAGUAGCCUACAGUUGAUCAGACUGAAAAAACAUCUAAUUUUCAUCCCAUACAGCAUGACAGAUCUCUAAUGUUUAGAUGUAGCCUAGGCACUGCAACAUUUAUGUCAUGAGUUUUUGCUUGUGUCUGUCCGGAGUGAUUAUGUGUUAUCACCAUUGAUAAAUAGCCUAAAUACUGGAGGAAAGUGGAAAGCCUACAUGAGCGCGCACGAAAAACAUGCGCUGUCAACCUCUCUUUUUAAUCUCACUUUUAAUGGAUGAUGCGAUGGAAGCGAUCAAGUCAUUCUGAAUUGAUUUCGACAUCCCUGAGAAGACAGUAGAAACGUCCAUAUGAUCAGCAAGUAAAGCAUUGUAACGUGCAAUUACCUCUGCAAGCUCCUUGUAGUUGUCCUUGUUAGCUGAACUUUCCGUGUAAUUGUGCCCUUAAAAGCCAAUUUAUGCUUCAUCAGAAAAUGUGGUUGAAGGCUUCAUAUGGAGGGUGUGCCGCAUUGCAAAACAUUGUGUUUUAAUCAGUUAUUUGGUGACGUGAAUAUAUUUAGUAUAGUUUUGUCUAAAAGGAUAUAUUUUAGAAUGUUUCAUUAUUUUUUAUUUUUCUGAAAUUCACUGAGUAAGAUGGUCCUCCCCUUCCUCCUCUGAGGAGCCUCCACUGGUACACACAUGCACACACGUACACACACAAACACGCACGCGCGCGCACACUCGGACACACUUGGACACACACUCACUCUUGUCAUUAGUUUAUCUUAAGCGCUGCUUGUAGACCUUUAUAACAACAGAAGUGCAAUGAGCUGACAUGAGGUGAGUGAGAUUGUGAGAGUGUUGCUGAGGGAGGGAGAGUGUGGCUUUCUGCCCUGUCCCCUCCCCUUCCCCCACACUGACCACGGGAGACUGGAACUAGGUGCUUUGAUCACAGCAGCUCACAACAGCAACUCCUAUCAAUACAAAGGAACACAUGGCCAUGGAGCAGUAUUCUGAUUAGUGUUCCAAGGGAAGUUUGUCUGUGUUGCUACCAAUACUUUUUUGCAGAUCAAUAUACAGUGGGGGAAAAAAGUAUUUAGUCAGCCACCAAUUGUGCAAGUUCUCCCACUUAAAAAGAUGAGAGAGGCCUGUAAUUUUCAUCAUAGGUACACGUCAACUAUGACAGACAAAAUGAGAAAAAAAAUUCCAGAAAAUCACAUUGUUGGAUUUUUAAUGAAUUGAUUUGCAAAUUAUGGUGGAAAAUAAGUAUUUGGUCAAUAACAAAAGUUUCUCAAUACUUUGUUAUAUACCCUUUGUUGGCAAUGACACAGGUCAAACGUUUUCUGUAAGUCUUCACAAGGUUUUCACACACUGUUGCUGGUAUUUUGGCCCAUUCCUCCAUGCAGAUCUCCUCUAGAGCAGUGAUGUUUUGGGGCUGUCGCUGGGCAACACAGACUUUCAACUCCCUCCAAAGAUUUUCUAUGGGGUUGAGAUCUGGAGAAUGGCUAGGCCACUCCAGGACCUUGAAAUGCUUCUUACGAAGCCACUCCUUCGUUUCCCGGGCGGUGUGUUUGGGAUCAUUGUCAUGCUGAAAGACCCAGCCACGUUUCAUCUUCAAUGUCCUUGCUGAUGGAAGGAGGUUUUGACUCAAAAUCUCACGAUACAUGGCCCCAUUCAUUCUUUCCUUUACACGGAUCAGUCGUCCUGGUCCCUUUGCAGAAAAACAGCCCCAAAGCAUGAUGUUUCCACCCCCAUGCUUCACAGUAGGUAUGGUGUUCUUUGGAUGCAACUCAGCAUUCUUUGUCCUCCAAACACGACGAGUUGAGUUUUUACCAAAAACUUCUAUUUUGAUUUCAUCUGACCAUAUGACAUUCUCCCAAUCCUCUUCUGGAUCAUCCAAAUGCACUCUAGCAAACUUCAGACGGGCCUGGACAUGUACUGGCUUAAGCAGGGGGACACGUCUGGCACUGCAGGAUUUGAGUCCCUGGCGGCGUAGUGUGUUACUGAUGGUAGGCUUUGUUACUUUGGUCCCAGCUCUCUGCAGGUCAUUCACUAGGUCCCCCCGUGUGGUUCUGGGAUUUUUGCUCACCGUUCUUGUGAUCAUUUUGACCCCACUGGGUGAGAUCUUGCGUGGAGCCCCAGAUCGAGGGAGAUUAUCAGUGGUCUUGUAUGUCUUCCAUUUCCUAAUAAUUGCUCCCACAGUUGAUUUCUUCAAACCAAGCUGCUUACCUAUUGCAGAUUCAGUCUUCCCAGCCUGGUGCAGGUCUACAAUUUUGUUUCUGGUGUCCUUUGACAGCUCUUUGGUCUUGGCCAUAGUGGAGUUUGGAGUGUGACUGUUUGAGGUUGUGGACAGGUGUCUUUUAUACUGAUAACAAGUUCAAACAGGUGCCAUUAAUACAGGUAACGAGUGGAGGACAGAGGAGCCUCUUAAAGAAUAAGUUACAGGUCUGUGAGAGCCAGAAAUCUUGCUUGUUUGUAGGUGACCAAAUACUUAUUUUCCACCAUAAUUUGCAAAUAAAUUCAUAAAAAAUCCUACAAUGUGAUUUUCUAGAUUUUUUCUCUCUCAAUUUGUCUGUCAUAUUUGCCGUGUACCUAUGAUGAAAAUUACAGGCCUCUCUCAUCUUUUUAAGUGGGAGAACUUGCACAAUUGGUGGCUGACUAAAUACUUAUUUUCCCCACUGUAUGCACGCACCACUUUUCUGUUAUUUAUUUUUUUGAAUUUUUUGAAACAAGUUAUUUUUUGAAUUUCACUUCACCAAUUUGGACUAUUUUGUGUAUGUCUACAACAUGAAAUCCAAAUAAAAAUCCAUUUAAAUUACAGGUUGUAAUGCAACAAAAUAGGAAAAACGCCAAGGGGGAUGAAUACUUUUGCAAGGCACUGUAUGUGGGAAGGUGGGAUUUAAAACUGUGAAGUGGUUCUGAGCAUAAUUUGUUGCUGAUUAAUGGCAGAAAUUAACAAUUUCUCUGAACCUCGCCUGCCCAGACCGACAGAGGUGAACAGUAAUAAGGAGUUGAUAUGGAGAGCUGUUCAUAAAAGAUUACGUAGGCUCUUUUAUAUUUUAUGAUGGAUUUCUGGUGUUACUAAAAAACCACCACACCUCAUUUCAGUUUGACAUGAAAUGUCACAGGUUUGUCGCUAGUCCGCUACAUAGUGGACUUUGAAUAAUCUUUCAUGUAAAUAUGCUUUUAUGUUUUCCAGCUAGAAAGCGUACUGUUUGGGGCCAGAAACAGCGACUGUGGCCCUAAGCUUCGAGGCCAUGAAUUGCUUCAAAGGGCGUUUUGGACAGGAUGUGGAGAAACAGGACAAAAAGCUGUCAAAACCAAGAUGGGAUACCCCCAAAAACAAGGUGAUGGAUGUUUUGAUGGAAGUGAUCAAUUUAGCAAUAACUUAUUUUGUUAAAUCACACAGUCAUUUCUCUCCAUCUUAUUUAACCCCUUUCUUUCUUUCUUUCUUUCUUUCUUUCUUUCUUUCUUUCUUUCUUUCUUUCUUUCUUUCUUUCUUUCUUUCUUUCUUUCUUUCUUUCACAUGAACAACACCCAGGUGCCCACAGACCGGACCAUGGUGGUGGGCGGCAGGCAAGGUGGGGGUGGUAAAGGUUCCAACCGUUCAGGAGGCACCCUGAGGAAACGGCGGCAGCGAUACGUGGAGAAGGACGGCAAGUGCAACGUGCAUCACGGCAACGUGCGCGAGAAAUACCGCUACAUGACAGACAUCUUCACUACCCUGGUGGACCUGAAGUGGCGCUUUAACCUGCUGGUGUUCACCCUGGUCUACACAACCACCUGGGUGUUCUUCGGUCUCAUCUGGUGGCUCAUCGCCUACAUCCGCGGAGACCUGGACCACACUGAUGAUGGAGACUGGAUCCCCUGCGUCAACAACCUCAACGGCUUCGUCUCCGCCUUCCUCUUCUCCAUCGAGACGGAGACCACCAUCGGCUACGGCUAUCGGGUCAUCACUGAUAAAUGCCCAGAGGGGAUUCUUCUGCUGUUAGUCCAGGCCAUCCUGGGAUCCAUCGUCAAUGCCUUCAUGGUGGGAUGCAUGUUCGUCAAGAUCUCCCAGCCCAAGAAGCGAGCCGAGACGCUCAUGUUCUCCCACAAGGCGGUGAUCUCUGUGAGGGACAGCAAGCUGUGUCUGAUGUUCAGGGUCGGAGACCUGAGGAACUCACACAUUGUGGAGGCCUCCAUCCGGGUCAAGCUGAUCCGCUCCAAGCAGACCAAGGAAGGGGAGUUUAUCCCGCUCAACCAGACGGAUAUUAAUGUGGGCUUCGAUACGGGGGACGACAGGCUCUUCCUGGUGUCACCACUCAUCAUCUGUCACGAGUUCAACGAGGGCAGUCCCUUCUGGGAGAUCUCCCAGGAACAGCUGGAGAGGGAGGAGUUUGAGGUAGUGGUCAUCCUGGAGGGCAUGGUGGAAGCCACAGGUGGGUUCUUCUAAUUUAAGGUCAGAUUUGCAUCUCCUGCUUAAUGAUGAAGAUUUGGAUUGGGGGAGGGUAAGCUGAUCCUAGAUCUGUGCCUACGAGCUUCUACCUGGAGAGAUUUUUAUUAUAAUCAUAAUGAUGUAGAAAAUGAUUAUUAAAAUAACAUUAAUAACACUAUAAUUACAGGUACUUUAACUUAUAAUAUGAGAAUCCAAUGCAGGUGUGUGUGACCCUGUUUAUAAGCAUUCAUUCACUUGGUGGGAUAAAGGGGAGGCAGUCGACAGGAAUCACUCAAGACUUGCAGGGUAUCACCAAUUAACGUUGGCUGUGAAUGCACUUGACAAGGACUGCAAUUACACUGUCCUAAAUGACCACAGCAUUGUCCUGUAUGCUAAUAACCUCUAUUGGUGUAGUCUGGCUCCUGGUGAGAAGCAGGAGGGACUCCAGGGAAGCCCGUCUGUGUGUUUGUGGGAGAAUCCCAGACCUGUCAAUAGCACAGCCUCUGGGAAAUUAAACGAGCAGAAGAUGUUGAGGGAAUUCAGGUCGGAAUGGUGAUUGAAUUGGGUCGUUCCACCAAUUUGGUGCCUUUUGAGAAGUGUAACUUGGUCAAAAUAAACAUUUGAUUUCACCUAAUUCUGUCAUAAAGAGCACAUGUUCAACUUAAUAAAAAACAAGUUUUCCCAUGUCAAGAGGAUAAAUAAAAUGAAAAAGACUAUAGUAAGUGCCUAUUAAGUGCCAAAUAAAGUAACAGGGUUGAACGUAACAGGGUUUACGAUUUCUUCUUAAAUCAGCCAUAAAUCCCCUUGUUCUGUGCAACAAGGAGUGGCAAUUGAAUGCAAAAAAAUGUAAUUGUUAAAACAUUUCUAGCCUGUCUAUCUAUGGGUAACAGGGUUGACGUGUUAUGUUUGACCCGCUCAGUUUUCCACCACAAAACAGCAGAAAAUGGCCAAAAAGAGUAGAACCAGCUCACCUGCUUUUACUAUAUGAUUUGACUAUUAGAUGUUUAAUGUUUCUUUUAAAAAGGAAUAGUUUCACCAUAUUAAAACGAGAGUUCAGUUCACGUAACGGGGUUGACCUUAAAAUAAGGGACAGACGUAAAUGAAUCACUAAUCAUAUGAAAUAAAUAGUAAUCUUCAGAAUUGACUUUGUCAAAGCAACAAAAUAACUAGGGCUUUCAAUGAUGGUGAAACUUGGAGACAUUUUGGGAUUGUGGGUUAAAAUCUUCCUAGAAGUGACACAGGGUUGACAGAGAGACAUGUGAAAAGGCUGGAUUUUGGCACUUUAGCAAGCCUUUAGUCAUAUUAAAAUUAGGAUUGAUUGAAUUUUCCAUAUGGUCUAUAUUAAAGGGCACUUCAUUUAAUAUAACAGGCUUUUAAAAUUCAAUAUUGGUGCACAAUUUAUACUUAAAACAUCAAAGGGAUGCAAAAGGCACUCUUUUCAUGGAACGACCCAAUUCCCUUAUCCCUCCCACCGGCAAUGAUUCUCGGUCCAGGAGUGGGCGGUGGCAGUGAACUGAACUACUGUCGCUUUGAUUCAAAGACACACUGCAGGUGAUUUACCUUCAGUUUUGUUUAUGAGGAUGCAGACUGGGUGGGUGUUAUUGCUUCACAUUUGUUUUUGAUAUUCUACUCAAUAUAUAGACUUUGGUUUAACAGGGGGAUAACCUUUGAUCCAUCGCACAGCAAGGGCUGGUUUUUCCUCAGUAUCCCAUGUCAAUAUUGACGGUUUAGUCAAGGGGACAAACUAAAAUCUGAUGCGGUUUUGAAUUUUUAAAAGCUAUCGACAGCAGUUGGUUGUUUUGCUCUUUUCCCUCAGGAAGCAAACCCAAUCAGGCCUUGAAGUGGGAUUUGCCUGAAGUAGGAAAGAGUUUACUGGUUUGCUGUUAAUCUCUCAGGUGCUUAGAGAACGGAAGCUUCUGCAACGUAGACGCAGGGAGUCAGGCAGCAAGUACAGUUGGUGAGUUUAAUAACGAAGACCAUGAAGACAUACAAAACAAGAGACGCGUACUGGGCAUGAAAAACAAAACCAAUACUGCCUGAAGACUGAGGCUACUGAGGGCUAAAUAAAGGAGAAGGAAUCAAGGUACUGAUGAAGUCCAGGUGUGCAUAACGAUGGGGACCAGGUGUGAGUAAUGAUGGUUGCCAGGACCGGUGGUUAGUAGACCAGCGAGAGCGCCAGAACGGGAGUAGGCGUGACAACUGCGUUUAUCUCUUAUUCUUAUUCAUACUCUCAACUCAUACGGUGCUCAAAGGCUUUGUUUAGUUUUUCUAGAUGCUUCAUGAAAAUACAUAGGCUAAUUGGUAUGUUGAUUGUAUAUUAAGAAUUAUCAUCAUCAGGCUUAGUAUGUAGGUAUCCCACUCUAUACAUGAUACCAUUGAAUUGCCAGUUGUAUUUUUUCUUCAUUCAGCGGGCUGUUUAUAUUCAAAGAAGCACAGCUAUAUCAUUAUAAUUUAAUAAAUUUGAUGCAGGUGCAAUGCAAAUGAAGUGAUAUACAUUUACAUUAUGGCUGCUGAAAAAGAUAACUUGAUACAGUACAAGGUUGUGAAUCAUCCAACCCGCAACCCCUUACUUCUCUUAAUAUCAGUGUGUGUAUGUGUGUGUAUGUGUGUGUGUACAUUGGUCUGUCUGCCUUGAUAUACUCCUGGCGCUGGCUGUGCAUGGUCUGUCGGUUUGUUUCUUCAUUUCUGUGGAUAAUAUGUACUGUAAUUGAUGUGGUUCUUCAAGGUUCACUUGAGCAGAGGAUGAAAAUGCUGACAAGCUAUUUAUAGGCAAUCCACGUAUAAAUAUUCAGAAAGGUGUGUGUUUGUUUGUGUGUGUGUGUGUUUGUGUGUGUGUUUAUCUGUCUGUGUUUCUGCAUCUGUGCGUUUGAUGUGUGUACACGUGUGUGAUUGAAAGAGAAGAUGCACAUCUCUGUAUUACAACCACUCGUCAGCCUAUUUCCUUUUCCCAGUGAGAUCUUGUCUCACUCUCUUGUCUCAGUUGUUUUAAUACAACCCUGGAAACCCUGCUAAAAUGUUUGCACAAUGAAAGGAGUACAGCUCAUUUAAAGUCAGGAAGACAAAGCAUAGUGAAUCUUAAUUAGAUCCACAAAGCACAACGACCCAGCUUGGGUCCAGGUCUUAAGAUAGUUCCAUGACAAGGGAUUUAAAAAAAUAUAUGUUUAGAUCAUACCCAAUCACACAGUCGUUUCGAGUUCCUAUCCUCAAUUUCAUGUCAUUAAUGUCUGUCUCCCGCCCCCCUCUCUCUCUCAAGGAAUGACAUGCCAGGCGCGCAGCUCAUACCUAGACUCAGAGGUUCUGUGGGGGGAGCGCUUCACCCCUGUGCUCUCCCUAGAGGAGGGCUUCUACGAGGUGGACUAUGAAUCCUUCCACCACACCUACCCUACCCCGACCCCCACCUGCUCUGCCCGAGAGCUGGCCGAGCUGGACAAGAAGGGAGAGGCCAUCCCCCUACCUCCCCAGUCCCCACCUCCAGUCCUGGAGCCGCCCCCACCACGUCCAGAGAAGGAGGAAGACAGAGGGGAGGAAGAGGUGGGGGUGGAGGCGAUAGGGGAUGGAGAGGGGGAGAACGUUAGCAAUGGAGAUGCGAACAGGAUGGAUGAUGGGCAUGAAUGA